UCGCUGCCACUGCUUAACAUAUCAUUCUACAUUUCAACACCUUCGGUUGUUGAUUUGAUAAAACAGUCUAUAACAAACAAGCGAGAGAACGGAACGUGUGCGUUACCAGUGGUGCCGUACACCAAGCAGUCUCGCGUUGAACUCGCGCUGUUUUGUGCUACCGCGUUUCGAGUGCGAUCCACUGCUGAUUUUUGUGCUUUCGACUUUGACCUAAAGUUUUCAUGAAUGUAUUUCAACACCGGUACUAUGAAAGUGCGUGCAAAAAUUGGCCGAAUAGGUGAAAAGUAAUGUGUCGCGAGUAAUGAUCCCACGGGUAAACACAAAGUUCCUAUCAGUUCCAAGAACAUUAAUUCGAGUGCAAAUAGUGACGUUCAGUGUAGCAAUAUGCCGCGACCAUCUCGGGAAUCAUACGGUGACCAAAAACCACCCUACUCGUACAUCUCGCUGACGGCAAUGGCUAUCUGGAGCUCGCCCGAGAAAAUGCUCCCACUAAGUGACAUCUACAAGUUCAUCACGGACCGUUUUCCCUACUAUCGGAAAAACACCCAGCGCUGGCAGAACUCGCUGCGCCACAAUCUUAGCUUUAAUGACUGUUUCAUCAAGGUGCCAAGAAGACCAGAUCGACCUGGCAAAGGGGCCUACUGGGCGCUUCAUCCCCAAGCAUUCGACAUGUUCGAGAACGGUAGUCUGCUCCGACGGAGAAAACGCUUCAAGCUACACAAAACCGACAAGGACAUUCUGAACGAAGAACUUGCCGCUCUGGCCAACAUCAAUCGGAUAUUCCUGGCGCAAAACUCCGGCACGGAAGCGUACUGUCCCACUAUGGUGGACCCGAUGCAUCAGCCAAUGCUACACUCGCCUAUCGAGCCUCCCUCACCAAUAUCCGCCGCGGCUCCAGCUUCUCCGAUCUCCAUCACGGAAACCACAACAACACCUCUGCGGCCAAAGCGAUCCUUCACCAUCGAAAGUCUCAUGUCCCCAGAUGGUCGUUCGAGCCCGCUCAAAAGUCAAACACACAAAAAAUCUGCCAAAAUCUCCCACGACAAACUCAACCUUCUCGACGACAGUCCGCGGAUACCGGGGCUACUUCACGUUCCAACGCUCCCGCCGGCAACAACGCUACCCGGAGUAAACAUCCCGCCAUUCAUCCCGUACCCACAUCCAGCCUUCAGUGCGUACGACCUGCCGAUCCAUCCGCUGCUCAUGAUGGCACCCCUCGGGGCGAUUCCUCCCCACUAUUUUCACCACACCUCGUACCAUAACCUCACGCUGCCGCCAGGCGCCGGUGGUGGCGGUGGCCGGCCCGCUGGAAACACCGGAACCGGUCCCCCCGGAGAUACCAGCCCGACUGAUUUGAGCCGGCUCGGACACGCACUGCGAUCGGUGUGAGGCGGGGGAACUGAGCGUUUGUGUUUGCAUACUUGCGAGCGUGUAUAUUUCUCUGUGACCAAUCACUCUAACUUGCGAUAGAAGGCUGUUUGUUGUUUACUAUUUUGGAGUUUUUGUUUGUAACCAGUAGGUGUCGUUCUUCAGUGUAAGUGAUAGCUGAUAAGCAUUUGUUUCCUCCAAUUUUCCCCCGGAGGAGUGACUGUGUAAAACUGUAGUCAUAUUAGGGUAAUUCGAAUGCAUACAUCCUCUCCAAUGCAUACCGUAAACGUUGUACAGAAUAGAAAAUAAAUCAUUUAUUUAUCGAGCAGCUUUUGAAAAACACGACAAAGAAGGUGUGAAGAUGGAUUGUUUCUCUCAAUAAUCCAUUUUAACUCUUUGAAAAAAAAAACAGACAAGAACAGAUUUUCACUGUGAAUUCAAAGCUCGCAAUUAGUCGACGAACGACGACAUAAGUAUAUAGAUGUGGUACCCCCCGUGUAAGAUUAUAUACAAAUAUUUAAUGCCAAUAGCACAAUUUAAUAUUGAAGAAAAUAUUCGGAAAAAUUAUAUAUCGUGUUUGAAAAUGUCAUCAAAAUUGUUUCAUUUAUUUCCUUUCAUCUCGAAGACAAGAAUUGCGAAUGUUCGGAAGUUGAAUUAACAUUAAUUACUAUUUGAUAAUGCGGUUUCCAAAGUCUCAGAUAGUUCCUGUCUCGCACCUCUGGAUACAAGGUCAAGUUCAGUCUUGUUAUUACGCCGUAAGGAGG